AUGAAGGCACCUACAUCCCAAGACAAUUUAUGGGUAGCAGCUGGUGAUGGCCAAAUUGACCGGGUUAGAGAAUUGUUAGAAAGCGGCAUUGCAGUCGAUGGCCAUGAUCAGUUUGGAUAUACUGCCAUGCACGCAGCUGUCUCUUACAAUCAGAUUGAAAUGGUCAAAUUAUUGAUUGAAAAGGGUGCCAAUGUCAAUAUUGAAGAUUUUGAAAAAGAUACACCACUUUACGUUGCUGAGAAUGUUGAAAUGGCACAGUUAUUACUAGAUAACGGUGCUGAUCCCAAACACAUCAACGAAGAUGGCAUUACGCCUGCUUUGACAGCUUUGGAAGAGGGUUGGGAGGAAGUCGCACAAUUCUUGGCCAACAUCACAAAAGAAGUACUGCCUACUACAGAGGAAGAGGCUGAUCCUUUGGCCUACAUUGAACAAGAAGAUAGAGAAGAAGAAGCAGCAGCAGCAGCAGCAGAAACACAACAACAACCAAAUGGAGAUGGCACAGAGGAAGAAAUGAGCGAAGAAUUGACAAAUAAAAUGCAAGAUAUCAUGAAGCGUAUCGAAGAGCAAGGUGGCGUAGAAAACGAAGAAGAGCUUCGAGAAUUAGUCACCAAGAUGGUCUUGGAUGGCAUGCAACGUGAAUUGAAUGAAUAA